AUGUACGUGCCAGCGGCCGAUCCGGGGAACGUCACAGGGAGCGCCUGCGAUGACAUAAGUGGCCUGGAAAUGGCUUCCGAACCCCGAGCGAGCCAGGAAGCCGCAGAUACCAGCUCCGGCGCACGACGGCAACUCGAGACCGGGCCCUUCGUGUUGCGCACGCUGCUUGAGGACGUGCCAUUAUCCGAGGACGGCGACAACGACGAUAUCAAGAUCAACUUCGUCGAGUAUCUUGGUGGCAACCUCUAUAUAGGCACUUCUGCCUCGGAACUCCUCCAUUUCGUCCAGAUACCCCCCGAUCCCACCGACAGGGCCAGCCAGCCAGUCUUCAUCCUUGCUUCGAGAUUGCGCCCGACAUACAUUGAGAGUGCAGUCGCCGGCAAUGUCAAACCCGGGGUCCAGCAGAUCCUCCUCCUGUCCCGGGUUCAGAAGGCAUGCGUGCUAUGCAACAACACCGUUACCUUCUACUCCCUACCGGAGCUCAGCCCCGUCUUCGGUACUGUGCGAGUCAAGAACUGCUACUGGAUUGGAGGCUUGGAUCUGAACAUCGCGGAGAACGAGGACAUUGGCCAUGGCGACGGACGUCCUGCUGCGGAGACCAUCUUGCUGUCGCUUGCCCGCAAGAUUCAGGUCGUUCGAGUGGGUGAGGACGCCAGGGUGUUCAAGCAAAUCGAUUUCGCUGGUAGUACAAUAUCAGUCCGGAGAGAUACGAUAGCAUGUGUGGCUGAUUCGAGGAAUUACGCCCUCUUGGAUAUAAAUCGCCAGCUGAAAAUACCUCUCAUGUCUAUCUCUUCCCUCGACGACUCACAGCCGAAUAUGGGCCAAGCUCAGAACAUUGCUGGAAACUCCGAGGUUGGUAUCCUGCGCAGCGCCUCGUCUGCGCAAAACCGGCCUUCGAGCUCAGGCCACAAUGACGGACAUGGCCACAACCGGAGCACGAGUCUCGGUAAUUUCAUGUCUCAGGCCAUGAAGAGGCAGAACAACAACUCUGGCGAAGGCUAUGACUCAGAUAAUCAAGGAUCAAAUACUCCGAGACGAUCAGGAAGCCCUGAUAAACAAUCCACCCAGGACCUGGUCGCGACAGACAAGUCUUUGCCCAGUCCUCCGAGCGAAGUGACGCAAGCUUCAAAGCCUGCUCCUGCCGCUCCGGUGAUUCUGAAGGCCCAUAUUGUAUCGCCCACUUCUGAAGAGUUUCUUCUCGUGACGGGCACUGGACCUCAUGAUCCCGGCAUCGGCAUUUUUGUGAACCUUGACGGCGACCCUACGAGGCCUACUCUGGAAUUCGACAGAUACCCUAAGGAGAUAGUUGUCGAUGGAGGGGUCGCGGACUUGUCAUCUUCACGACCAUCUAUGGGUGACGAGGAGGAGGGUUACGUUCUUGCCUCAAUGACCAAAGAGUUCCAAGAUGGCCUCCAUAAUGGUCUCGAGAUACAGCGCUGGGACUUGAAUGUUGGAGAGGAGGUACCUACCAAGCAUUGGCUCGAGGCUCCUACCGACCCCCUCCGAAGUUAUAAUGAUGCUAAAACUCCUCUGAUCGGUAUCAAGUCGCUCGUGGGAACUGAGGAAUCCAAUCUUCAGGAAGUUGUGGACAAGCUCUGCCAGAAGAGGUUCUCUCCAUUUUCUGGAAGUCAACUCGAGUCAUCAGCAAUGUCACUCAGAAGCUUGGAUUCUCGGACAGCACUUUCGAUGGAGAGAGUCUCUAAAGAAAGGGAACUAUUUGAAAGAGACGAUGACGAGUCUCCGUUGCCGGAAGGCUGGGAGGCCAUGAGGAAUGAAGAAGAGCAAGAUUUUGCCAAGCGGUUCGCCAUAACGACUUCACGGCUCGCAGUCUGGUCCGGUAAUCACAUAUGGUGGGCCGUUAGGAACCCGUUACUUCUGCAACUUGAUGCGAACAUUGAGCGUACAGCCAUGGAGGCGCAUGAGGCACCUCACACAAUGGAGGAACGCCGUCAACUGUUCUCCAUUUUGGCAACGAUUAGAGGAAGAGAUGCAAGAACCGAACUCGAGUUCAUGACAUUCAGUUACAUAAAGCAGAGGGCAAGCGUGCUCCUCUUCACAAGUUUCCUACACUCAACGGAGACGCCCUUCCCUCCUGAGCUCAAGGCCAUGGAAGAGGUUCUCCUAGACUCAAGCUUAGAUCCAAGAGUGGUUCUUGGCCUGAUCCCAGGUCUGCGGAACGAAAUCAUCGAAACCAAGAAAGGAAUCUGGAUAUUUGGGGGUGUCAAAGGCACUGUUGAAAGGUAUAUGGCGUCUGAGAAGUUUGUUCAAGUAGGCCAGACUGUCGACAAUCUGGGGCAAACGACUCUCCUAUUUAUCAAAUCAUACCUUUGGGGUGUCCGACGCAAGAAGGGCAUGGCAAGCACUGGGAACGCGGGCGAAGUAUUCAGAACCGUGGAUGCCGCUCUACUGGUGGCUCUGUUGGAGCUUGACAAAGAUUCAUCGAAGGGCCUGGGUAAAAGCGGCAGCGUUCGAUCAGAGCUUUACGAGCUCGUCGACAAGGGCGUUGACUGUUUCGACCGAGCUGUGGAUCUGCUCGAACAUUAUAACCGUCUCUUCGUCCUGAGCCGACUCUACCAAAGCCGCAAGAUGACGGCGGAUGUCUUGGCUACAUGGAGGCGCAUCAUUGAGGGCGAGCAAGACAAUGGUGGCGAAUUUCAAGAUGGUGAGAUGCGUGUGCGCGAAUACCUCUCCAAGAUCAGCAGUCAGCCUCUCGUGCAAGAAUACGGUGUCUGGCUGGCAAACCGCAACCCCAAGCUUGGUGUGCAGGUCUUUGCAGACGACAAGGGCCGUGCCCCCAAGUUUGAGCCAGCGCACGUCGUCGGCAUCUUGCGCGAGCAGGCACCCGAUGCCGUGAAAUAUUACCUCGAGCACCUUGUGUUUGGAAAGGGGCACACCAAAUAUGUGAAUGAGCUCAUCACAUACUACCUUGACAUCGUCAUCAAUGAGCUUCAAUCAUCACCCCAAGCUCGUGAGGCAAUAGCCUCCACAUAUGAAGCAUACAGGGCGCUGAAGGCGCCAAAACCGACAUACAGGCAGUUCCUGAAGGAUAACGCCCCUCCAGAGGACGAAGUCUGGCACAGCCGGCUACGCCUGCUACAGCUACUUGGCGAGAGCCAUGAAUAUGAUUUCAAGGCCAUCGGUUCGAGAAUCAGCAAGGCCCUACCUGCCGAGAAGGCAGAGGAGCAAUUAUUGGUCCCCGAAGCGAUCAUUCUUGACGGGCGCGAGCGCAAGCACGAGGAGGCACUCCGACUUCUCGUGCAUCGUCUGGGAGACUACGAUACCGCGGUGUCGUACUGCCUCUACGGCGGUGCGAGCAUCUACAUCCCACAGUCCGGCCGGCGCGAGUCCUUGCCCUCCGAGGACACCCAGGCAGGCCUGUUCCGUGCCCUGCUAGGCGAGUUCCUCGCCAUUGAGGACGUCAGCGACAGGGUCGAGCAGACCGGCGCCCUGCUGGAGCGGUUCGGCGGCUGGUUCGACGUCAUGGACGUGCUGGAGCAGAUCCCCGAGGAGUGGUCCGUGGACGUCGUGGCCGGCUUCCUGGCGACGGCGCUGAGGAGGCUGGUCGCGGAGAGGCAUCAGACUGACAUCGCGGCCAGGCUGAGCUCGGCAGAGAACCUGCGGGUGAGCUACGACCUGAUCGCCAAGAUGGAUGAGAAGGGGCCCACGGUUGAGACGGGCGGUUGA